CCAUGGGCGAGGAGGACUACUACCUGGAGCUCAGCGACCGGCCGGUGCAAUUCGAGAAGGCGAACCCGGUCAACUGCGUCUUCUUUGAUGAGGCCAACAAGCAGGUGUUUGCCGUCCGAUCUGGAGGCGCUACUGGGGUUGUAGUGAAAGGACCCGACGAUCGGAACCCCAUUUCAUUUAGAAUGGAAGAUAAAGGAGAAGUGAAGUGCAUUAAAUUUUCCCUAGAAAAUAAGAUUUUGGCCGUUCAGAGGACCUCAAAGACUGUGGACUUUUCUAAUUUCAUCCCUGAUAAUUCUCAGCAGGAGUACACACAGGAAUGCAAGACCAAGAAUGCCAACAUCUUAGGAUUCUGCUGGACCAGUUCUACUGAAAUUGUCUUUAUAACAGAUCAAGGAAUUGAAUUUUACCAGGUUUUACCAGAGAAACGGAAUCUGAAACUGCUGAAGAGUCAGAACAUCAACGUGAAUUGGUACAUGUACUGCCCCGAGAGCGCUGUCAUCCUGCUGUCCACCACCGUCCUUGGCAACGUCCUGCAGCCCUUUUAUUUUAGGGGUGUCACUAUGUCCAAGCUGCCCAAGUUUGAGAUUGAACUGCCCGCCGCACCCAAGUCAACGAAACUCAGCCUUUCCGAAAGAGACAUGGCGAUGGCUACGAUAUAUGGACAGCUUUAUGUUCUCUUCUUGAGGCAUCACUCACGGACAUCCAAUAGCACCGGAGCGGAGGUGGUGCUCUACCAUGUACCACGAGAAGGUACCUGUAAAAAGAUGCACAUACUGAAGUUGAAUAGGACGGGGAAGUUUGCCCUGAACGUGGUGGACAACUUGAUAGUCGUUCACCACCAGGACACGGAGACGUCUGUCAUAUUUGACAUCAAGCUGAGGGGCGAGUUUGACGGGGCCCUUACAGUCCAUCACCCUGUGCUCCCCCCAAGAUCAAUUCAGCCCUACCAGAUCCCCAUGGCAGGUCCUGCUUCCGUGACCAGCCAGUCUCCUGUUCCCUGUAAGCUCUAUUCCUCAUCCUGGAUUGUCUUCCAGCCUGACAUCAUCAUCAGUGCGAGCCAAGGUUACCUGUGGAACUUGCAAGUGAAGCUUCAGCCCAUAGUCAACCUCUUGCCAGAUAAAGGAAGGCUGAUGGACUUUCUCCUCCAGAGAAAAGAGUGCAAGAUGGUCAUCCUGUCUGUCUGUUUCCAAAUGUUAGGCGAGUCAGACAGAGCCACGCUGCCGGUGAUCGCCACUGUUUUUGAUAAACUCAAUCACGAGUAUAAGAAGUACCUGGAUGCUGAGCAGAGUUAUACAACGGCAGUAGAAGCGGGGCAGAGUCGAAGUAACCCACUGCUAAGAAAGCCUGUGCGGACGCAGGCGGUGGUCGACCAGUCUGACAUGUACACCCACGUCCUGUCCGUGUUCUCGGAGAACAAGGAGCUGCCUCAUAAGUUUGUGAUAGCUGUGCUGAUGGAAUAUAUUCGCUCUCUAAACCAGUUCCAGAUUGCAGUGCAGCAUUACUUACAUGAGCUGGUUAUCAAGACGCUGGUCCAGCACAACCUUUUCUACAUGCUGCACCAGUUCCUGCAGUACCAUGUCCUCAGUGACUCCAAGCCUCUGGCCUGUCUCCUGCUCUCCCUGGAAAGUUUCUAUCCUCCUGCUCAUCAGCUGUCUCUGGAUAUGUUGAAGAGACUUUCAACCGCAAAUGAUGAGAUUGUGGAAGUGCUUCUCUCCAAACACCAGGUGUUAGCUGCCUUACGGUUCAUCCGGGGCAUUGGUGGCCAUGACAACAUAUCUGCACGAAAAUUCUUAGAUGCUGCAAAGCAGACUGAAGACAACAUGCUUUUCUAUACGAUAUUCCGGUUUUUUGAACAGCGCAACCAGCGUUUGCGGGGGAGUCCUAAUUUUACGCCAGGCGAACACUGUGAGGAGCAUGUUGCUUUCUUCAAGCAGGUUUUUGGAGAUCAAGCUUUAAUGAAGCCCACCACAUUCUGAGAGAAACUACUUCCUAGUUUGUUUUUUUUAUAUAUAAAAAUGUGUACAAAGUUAAUUUAUUGCAUUAAUAAAGGUCUUUAAACUA